UUCGCAAUUGGGAGGUUCCGGUUAAAACUCUAUAAGGAAACGCGUGGGCAGCCUGUAUUGACCUCCCCAUGGAGUUGUGAGAGUAUAAACCAUACACGUUCCUAUUUUAAUCAGAGGACAAUGGCAGAAGUUUAAUAAAUGUGGAAUGCUGGUAAUGAUCUACACUUAAAAUGAUGUCCGUCCAAAAAGUAGUGUUGAAUUCAAGGCCUGGGAUUAGCGGAGAGCCAGUUCCUGAAAAUUUUCGCCUGGAAGAAUGCAGCUUUGUAGUCGACCUGAAACCUGGCGAAGUAUUGGUACGGACACUCUACCUGUCAGUGGAUCCAUACAUGCGAUGCCGAAUGAAUGAAGACACAGGGACAGACUACUUGUUACCAUGGCAACUUUCAGAAACUGUGGAUGGAGGAGGAAUUGGGGUUGUGGAAGACAGCAAGCAUGAGAACUUCACUCCUGAAGAUAUAGUAACUUCUUUUUUCUGGCCUUGGCAAAACCGAGCCAUUUUAGAUGGGAAGCUGCUGGAAAAGCUCAACCCCAAGCUAGUGGAUGGACAUCUCUCCUAUUUCCUUGGUGCGGUGGGAAUGCCAGGACUAACUGCACUACUUGGUGUAAGAGAGAAGGGUCAUGUGAGAGCGGGAACCAAUCAGACUGUGGUCGUUAGUGGUGCAGCUGGAGCUUGCGGUUCAUUGGCUGGCCAGAUAUGUAGAUUAGAAGGUUGUGCCAGAGUAAUUGGAAUUUGUGGCUCCAAUGAAAAGUGCAAAGUCCUGGUGGAUGAGCUUGGAUUUGACAGUGCUAUAAACUACAAGCUGGAGGAUGUCACCGCCAGGCUUCUGGAGUGCUGCCCUGCUGGGAUAGAUGUUUAUUUUGACAAUGUUGGUGGACCAAUCAGUGAUACUGUAAUAUCUCAGAUGAACAAAGACGGACAUGUGAUCCUGUGUGGACAGAUCUCUCAGUACAACAAGGAUGUUCCAUAUCCACCUCCACUGCCGGCCAGUACCCAGGAAGUGCUGCUCACCAGAAACAUAACCAGGGAGAGGUUUACUGUGCUGAAUUACAGAGAGAAACAUGCAGAAGGGACCGUGCAGUUGAGCUGCUGGGUCAGAGGAGGAAAGCUCAAGGUCCUGGAGACAGUGAUGAGUGGACUCGAGAACAUGGGAGGGGCUUUUCAUUCAAUGAUGAAAGGUGGGAACCUGGGGAAGCAAAUAGUCAAGAUAUCCGAGUAACUCGGCCGCCAUGUCGUGUCAAAACGACGUCUUCAGUAUCCGAGCUUGCGUUUGUAAAUUGCUUUAUCACUUGAGGUAUUAAACAGAGUCUGAGGAUGGCAGGAA